CAUAUGCACAACUGCCUAGUUUAAACCGGAAGUAGUUGUGCUGCAUAUACUCAAUGUGACAUACGAUGUGCAGGCUCCUUUUUCUGGAAACAUGUUUCUGACGUCGGUAAACUUGGCCAAGAGCAAAUCAAAGACACUCCUGGUCCAGAUGAUGAGUGCGGCCGGGACAGGGUACAGCUUUAACACCAAGAGGAACAGGCUGCGUGAGAAGCUGGUGCUGAGGAAACAUGACCCCAAAGUGGACAAGCAUGUCCUUUUCUUUGAGAAGAAGAAGAUCCGCUCCAUCUAAAGCAGCAAAUCAUCACAAACUGACUUUGAUUCACUACAAAUGGAUCUCUUUGAAAGAAUUCCUGAAUUUUGUAACAGGAGAACUGGUUUAAAUGUCUUUUUUUAUCAUCCCAGUCUUAAGAAAGUAAUUUAAUAAUUUAAUGGGGGAGGGAGGGUAAUAAUAAAGCUGUUCAAGGUGAAAUGUUUAAAUGGUAAACAAAAAUUAAAACCCUAAAUGGUGUAGUAUUGUAUUAAAUGUUAAACUGAAAAGGUA